CGCGAACAUUCCCACACGCGCUCCCCGUGUCGGUCACGUGAUAGGGAAGAACGGGAGGAAAAUGGAGAGAAGGAAGGAAGAGAUAAAGGAAAAAUAAAUAAACAACGGAAACAUUAGUCGGCUGAGAGGAGUUGUCGUCGUCAUCAGCAGCUCGGAAAAACAAAAAAUACAGAAGAAGAAGAUGGGUGAUGUGUUAAGUUAUUAGCUCCAGAUGUGAUGGGAGGAGGUCAUCUGGAUAUGAGAUAAACACGCAAACAGAGAAUCUACUGAGGGAACGGAGGAGGAAAGAAGAUGAAGCUGAACGAACGCAGCGUGGCGCAUUACGCCACAUGUGACUCGCCGCCGGACAAGACAGGCUUCCUGUUCAAAAAGGGUGAGCGCAACACAGCUUAUCACCGCCGCUGGUUUGUCCUGAAGGGUAACAUGCUCUUCUACUUUGAGGAGCGCGACAGCCGGGAGCCCAUCGGUGUCAUUGUCCUUGAAGGGUGCACGGUGGAGCUGUGCGAGUCAGCCGAGGAGUUUGCCUUUGCCAUCAAGUUUGAGGUUGCCAAAGCGCGGGUGUACAAGAUGGCUGCUGAGAGCCAAGCAGCCAUGGAGUCAUGGGUGAAGGCAUUGUCGAGGGCCAGCUUUGACUACAUGAGGCUGGUGGUGAAGGAGCUGGAGAGGCAGUUGGAGGAGAUCCAGGAGGCUGCAGGGGGUGGCUGUGGAGGUACAGGCCUGCAGGCCAGGCCCAAGUCCUCCAGGAGAAACCAGGUGGCACGGUGCAGGUCUGGAGCAUCAUCUUCUUCAUCAUCUUCAUCUUCCUUAUCAUCAUCAUCAUCAAGUGCCCCUCCCAUGUCAAUCCAGUACUCUGCCCAGAGGAGCCUCCAGGAUGAGGUGCAGCUCAUCCCUGAGUCUUCUAAGGAGAAUGGCGUCACAUGGAGUAAACUACCAGGUGCCUUGGCGAACGGCUUUGCCGAGGCAGCCCCUUCCUGCGUGGCCUGGGAGGGCUGCACAGACUCUGGGAAUAACACUGUGAUUGGUUAUGGUGCUGAUGGGGUGAGGGCUCCACCAGUGCCACCCAGGAGAAGAGGAGCAUCUCUGGAAAGCCCCGUUUCUCCUGGCACUGGCUGCUUCUCCAAACUCCAUGACUGGUACGGCAGAGAGGUGGAGGAGCUGAGAGUGCAGUGGCUGCAGAGCCAGUAAAUUAAUGGAUGCAUAUCAUCUUAAUUUUCCACAGUUUUAUCAUUCCUUCUUCCACAUUCUGCCGUGUUACUCCCUUCUGAACCCAACAGAAGAGAACUAAGACUUAUUUGCAAAUUGCAGUCUUAUCACAAUCAAAAAAAAAAAAGACGUGAAAAAUUGAUUGAUUCCAGAUCUUGUCUGGCACAGGGGGAUCAAUCUGUCUUAAACAUUAACACUAUCAUUAUACAAUCCAAGAUUUUUAUUACACCCAUUAUAUGCUCUAUUCCACAGUUUACCGAGUCAUUUGCCAAGGACAAUAAAAAAUGUUCCAAAUAAAGUAUUUAAAAUCUGCAUCUUGUCAGACAAGAAGCAAAGAGUUUAGCCUUGUUGUUAUCACGAUAUAUGUGUGCUUCCACAUUUACUUUUUGCAAUGUUUUCGGGUCAGUUUUCUUUAAAGUUGCCGGAACUUGGAUCUAAAAAUACUCUUUUUCUAUAGUUUAUUCACAUGUAGCCUACCAAAAUAAACCAACAAAUAUUUAUAAUGAGGUCGUUUUUCUGAUGAGGGAACAGCCAAGGAUGGUGAGGAGGUUCUUUUAUAUGCAAAUGAAUUAAAAGAAGGCCACACGCAUAGAUAACGAUCUACAGACACUGCACAAAAAAGGAAAUGAUGAUGGUGAUGAUAAAAUAAAGAGCCAUUUGUGCAGUUGAUGGCAUUUUUAUAUUCACCAAGACGGUAAACGGCUACAGUUUCCUGGACUUUAAACCACUUUAACGUUACUUUAAAAUGUCGAUUUGUAGAAAAACAAAGGAGAUUCUGGGGACAAAAAGUGGUGCUGAGUGAGGAAACGUAGGCCAGAUUUUCCUCCAUAGUCCCAGCGGGGUACAUCUAACCCCAGAGGCCUCGUGGUUGCUAAGGUCAAAGCAUCCUCUCUCUCGAGUCACUGGGGACCGUUGUGGGAGCCGGAUGUCUGGCUCAGAGCAACACACUGGUAUUUUUAGCCCUUGUUAGCCAGCGGCCAGAUGAUGCUUUGUCAUAAGAAUGCUUGUCAUUUAGUUCCCUUUUUGACUCUGGUAUUUCUAUGAAAGAGAUUUUUCAUCUUUGACCUUCCAGGAUUUUACUUGUCAUUUCUUCAUAUUAUUUCAUAUCUAAUCAUCUUAAUUUGAGCACGCUGUUGGUUUGUUUGUUACAGCGGAUUAACCUGAACGUUACUGAAUGAAUGUAACUGUUAGAGGCCUAUACUGUCUGUGAACACCUAACUUCAUGGUUUGUAGAUAAAUAUGUACUAUUCCAUGUUGGAAAUUAACACCAGCAGUCUGUAAAAUGGGCCAUUUACAUUUUUGCUUUAUAUGUGCCUUAUGUUAUCGUUAUAACAGCCGUGGGAGGGGUUAGUUUCUUUUUUUUUUUACUCUAGUCCUCUUAUUUGUUUUUUGCAAAGGUUCAUCUGGGUGCAAUCUCUUCUUGACAAUGGCUUUGUUCGUUCAGUCAGCAUCAAUGCACAGCACUAUCAUUGCUGUUAUACACUUGGCUUGUACAGAAACAACAAUGUGGGAAGGCGUGACAUGUUUUUCAGUAUUGAGGCCAUAUGCUUUUAACACUUAUUAUCAAAAAUGAUUGUUGUCGUGCCAAUUUUAUUAACUCCAGAAGCGCAUUCCUGUAAUUACAGAGGACAAUAUCCAGUUUGUUGUUAUCACAAUGAUAUUCAAAGUAAUUUUGUAAAUGUUAAAUAUUAACUGUAUAAAUGAUAAUGGAAUCAAUCUUGAUUCACGAGUGCCAAAUGUGGAAAGCAAUCUAAAUGCACAAUAAUCUCUCAUUCUUUUUUUUUUCCCCAAUUGACUGAUGAUUGUAGGACAAUUUUUCAGUGUCUUGGUACACAAAAUAAGUAUUAUUUUAAAUGACUAAUAAUAUUUAACACAUUGUCCUGAUAUAAUACUCUGAAAAGAUGUUUGUUAACGAAGCAUUGGACCACUCAAUAAAAAGUGUUCAUACGUCA